AUGUUCAAGAAACCCAACUAUCUUCGUGGCGGAAGUCUGCAGCUACUGAACCUGAACGUGCCCUUGCCGUUGUCCCGGGCUACCUUAUCCCAGCCCCAUCGACCGCAAGGAACAUAUACAAGCAGGUUUUUUGCCACUGCUUCGCAAUUUCCGCAUCAGGAUUAUUCUUGGCCCAGCAAUUCUUCGUUCACCCCUUAUGACGUCCUAAAUAUCCCCCGCGGGGCUCGGUACUCGAAGCGGAAUUACUAUGACCUCGUGAAGAUAUACCACCCAGACCGACCUUUGAAGGACCAUCCCCUUUUCCACCAGUUAACACCUGAGAUUCGACUGCAGCGCUACCGCAUAGUGGUGGAUGCUCACGAGCUCCUUUCCGAUCCCAGCAAACGAGCUUCCUAUGAUCGAACCGGUGCUGGCUGGGUCCACACAGUCCCAGAUACCAAAGUAGAUUGGCAAACUCCUGGACCGAGUGUCUACGCAAAUGCUACAUGGGAAGAUUGGGAGCGAUGGCACAACCGGCACCAUGCCCCGCAACAGCAUGUUGUUGACCAACGCACCUUUGUUCGGCUUUUGAUCCUCCUGGUGCUAUUUGGGGGUGCUCUCCAGGCAUCAUGGAUCGGAAAGCUACACACGGAGGUUGACGACCGAUUACGCGAGCUAAAUGAAGACUCGGCGCGCUUUUUGCGUGGUCGCAAGGAAGAUACUGUCAAGCAGAUGAACAGCAAUGAAGCCCGCGUGCAGGGUUUCCUCAUUCGGAGAGAUCCCACCGGAGCGGGUCUGAAGGAUGCCGAGCAAGCAGUCUAUGAGAAGGAACUGAACCCCCGACGUGGUUUGGACAAGACUCAGACGGACAACCAGGAGGGGUCAGUAUCUGGCCCGUCCGGAGAAGACAUGCUGGGAAGCACCGAACUCCCUGAGAACUAA